CGCAAGCGCAGAGAUUGCGUGCGCGAUGGAGGCACGGUGCUGCGGUGUCGGUGUUGCUGCGGCUCUGAAGACUUUAUAGUAAAACAUAUGUAAAAAAGGGGCUCUCAGUGGCAGCGCAGUAUCAGGCCGUGCCGUUCAGAAACGUAAGCUAUCUUGCUGUGCCGCCUGUUGUCCUCCGGUUGUGCCUGUUUGCGAGACGCGUAGCGGCAGAACAGUGACUGGUAGUUGGAUUGGGCCUAACUGAUACGAGGAUGGCUGUAAAUUGGAUUGGAAGCCUUGUUUCUAUUAAAUGUGGAGAGACCCUUGGAGUAUAUCAGGGUAAAAUUUCCGCAGUGGAUCAAGCUAGUCAGACGAUUUCCCUUACUCAGCCAUUCCGCAAUGGUGUGAAAUGUUCAGUACCCGAGUUAACUUUUAGUGCAAUUGAUAUCAAAGAUCUGAAAAUAUUAGAGCUCCCGAAUUCACAGUUGGCUACAGCCUUAGCUCAACCUUCGGUGUUCACAUCCUCCAAUUUAUCUCAUAAUGCUUACUCAUCUCAGAAUGGAGCUGGCAAAGGAGUAAAGAAACCCAAUUCUUCAGGAUCUACUCCACAAGCAAUUCCAAGGUGUGCAGAACUCAAGGUUCAGGAUCUGGUCACGUCACCACAGCAGUAUUCAAAAAGCUAUGUGGAUCGUCACAUGGAUUCUGCACUUACUCCAUCUAAAGCAUUUCGUCGAAGGCAUAAUUCCUGGUCCUCAAGUAGCAAGCUUCCGAAUCAAGCAACACCAAAGAAAAACGGAGUAAAGAAUGGACCAAUGAAAAAUAAAGAUGAUGAAUGUUUUGGGGAUGGAAUUGAAGUAAUCCUGGACACAGACUUUGAUUUUGAAGGCAAUCUUGCACUCUUUGACAAAGCAGCAGUGUUUGAGGAGAUAGAUACUUUUGAAAGACGGAAUGGAGCCCGCUCCAGAGGGACACCCAAUGAGAAGCCAACAAGAUAUCGCCAUGAUGAAAACAUCCUAGAAUCUGAGCCCAUUGUCUACAGACAAAUCACAGUGCCACAGCAUAGUGGUAGAGAAUAUUGCACUGAUUCGGGAUUGGUUGUUCCUAGUAUUUCUUAUGACUUGCACAAAAGGCUGCUGGCAAUUGCAGAACGGCAUGGCCUAUCGUUGGAACGCAGAUUGGAAAUGAUUGGUGUAUGUGCCAGCCAGAUGACACUAACACUUCUUGGUGGGCCUAACAGGUUAAAUCCCAAGAAUGUCCACCAAAGACCAACAGUAGCAUUGCUGUGUGGACCACAUGUGAAGGGAGCUCAAGGAAUCAGCUGCGGCCGCCAUCUUGCCAAUCAUGAAGUACAAAUUAUUUUAUUCUUGCCCAACUUUGUGAAGAUGCUGGAAUGUAUCACUACUGAGCUUCAACUUUUUAGCAAGACUGACGGCAAACAAGUGGCCAGUGUAAAAGACUUGCCAGAUACUCCCGUUGACUUGGUGAUCAAUUGCCUCGACUGCCAUGAGAACCCAUAUCUUCGCGAGCAACCAUGGUACAGAGCAGCCGUUGAAUGGGCCAACCAGAAUCGGGCCCCAGUGCUGAGUAUAGACCCGCCUGAUGGUGAAUUGGAACACGUCAUUGAUGCCAAGUGGUCUUUAGCUCUCGGCUUGCCUCUGCCUCUAGGGGAAAGUGCUGGCCGCCUGUAUCUCUGUGAUAUUGGAAUACCAAAGAAGGUUUUCCAGGAGGUGGGAAUCUCCUACCAUUCACCUUUUGGCUGCAAGUUUGUCAUACCUUUGCACUUGGCAUAAUCAUGGCUCUGUGCAGAAGAAGAAGAAAGUGCAGGUGGUAAAAUAUUCCCGCAACUGGCAGAGGGAAGUGCAUGGUGAAGAGUUUGAAGCCUUAAUGGACAACUGACUUGGGUUUAAAUGAUCUUAAUGUUACAGUGAGUUAUUUUUUUUAAUGCAAGGAAAGCAGUGUCCUGUUGCAACUUGUGCAAUACCACAUUCCAUUAAGGGAUGGUUGUGCUCAAGGCGGUUAUUGCUUUGCAGUUGAACCAUGUCCGUAUGCAAGUUACUGUGUUUUUUUUAUUGAGAAAACAGUGCAUAGUACUCUUCAUAGCAUUUCUGAAUUUGUGAAGUGUAUGAAAGGGCACCAACAGUGAGAUUGUCUGUUGAAUAGCCCCACUACUUGUUACUUUCGUGGGGAGAAUUGCCAUUUUAAGCUUGAGUAGAUUUAAAAAUUGGUAGGUAUUCAUUAGGAAAGAUAAAUAAUGGCAUUUGCAGUUUUCUUUGCACCAUUCAGAUGUGGUAGAAUAAUUUGUUUGUCAAUAACAAACAGGUAAUGGCUUAAAGUAAUUACUUAAAAUGCAGCUAAUGUCUUUUAGAUUUAUUUGGGAGAAAGUAUCAAUUACAUGUUCUAUUGCUGUCUUUGGAAUACACAAAUAGCAUUAUCUUGUGUAGUGCAGAUUAGGAAAUGUCUUCAGUGAAAUGGUUUUCAGCAGUAGUUGCUGUUCCAAUCAUUCCCAGCUAUGGAUUGCCAUUUGGAAUGGAGCCCUGAAUAGUACCAACUCUAUUUCUCUAGUGGUUGCAUGUUAAACCUAUCGGGUAUGAAAUGGCUUUAAGCGUAGUAGGCCGUUAUAGUAAGAUGGAUCUGAAAAAUGAUUUUGAAUGUGAUCCAAGCUGCAAAAUAGUCCUGCAUGCACCUAGGUUGACAGGCGUCAGUUUAAUGAUUGUACUACAUUUGAGGGAAGGAUAGGGCUCUGUUUUUGCCAAGUUAAGUGUUUGUGCGCAAUUAUAAUGGAGGAGGAGAUAGCAGGGAAUCGGUUUGGUAGAUGCUGUGUAAUAAUUACUAGUAUUUUCAGUAUUAGGGUGUUUUAUGUCUGGGAGCAAGCCAAAUUCCCAGCAAAUGUAGCUGAUGGGAGGAAAGAGGACAAAGUGAGGCUGUUUCCAAUGUUAAACUAAGUUAUAAAACAUAGGAGACCCUAAAAUAGAGUUCAAAAUGUACACAAAACUAGAGCCAGCCAUAAAAACAAUCCUUCAAUGUGUCCGUAAUCCAAUGAAAUAUUUCAAAUAACUUUAUUUUUUUGGCUUGGUUAGAGUAGUAGAGAGAAUGGUGGUAUUAUAAAUGAAGACUUUAAAAGGUACACGACAGUGGAUCAAGAGCUUUUGUUUCUACUCAAGCUGUGUGUGCCUAAAAGUAUUUCAAUGCGUCAUGCUACUUGCAUUCUAGCUACAUGGGGUUCCAAGUGUUGUGUGCUCAUUAAGUGAAAAGGUAGACAAUGUUGUCAUUUAUGCUAGCUAUCGGAAUUGCACACAAUCCAAUCAUUGAAAGCACAUUUUUUUUUGUGUGGAUCAGCUCGUUGUUUCUCACCCCUCAAUUUGUACUCCCAUCACAGGUUUUGCUUGGACAAUCGUAACCUGUUCUCUAUAAAUUUGGGAAAUAGAGGAAGAGAGGUAACUUCUGAGAAUCGUUUCUGAAUGAUUAUGACAAAUACUGAACAACAGUCAAACUCAGAAAUGCAACUUGAAUGGCAGAGCCAUCAAUGGCAUUACGUUUUUCUUCAGAGACAAAUAUAGUCUCAGCAUUAAUACUGACAUGGCCCUUAAAGUGAGAGUACUUUGGUUUCCCCUCAAGUCCUAGGUGGCAAAAGUUUGCUAAUAUUGCAUGUAUUAAUAUUUCUAGAAACUGAUGAAGAUGUUCUGACUUUAACUUGCCAAACUGUUCAAAAGGUCUCUUUAAAUAAUUUCCUGUUGGGAUGCCUAUGUUUGCAUGAUAUAGCCCUCAUAUUAUUGAUCAAAAUCAGAGAACAAUGUUGAUAAUUACUUUUCGUAGGUCAGAGGACCUUGGAUGUUCGUACAAGGUAGUAAUAUUUAGAACCAGGUUAACUAUUGAUGCAGAAGUAUUUCUUACUCCUUGUGUGCUUCCUGUCUCCUGAAGGUACAAUGGUCAAAGGAUUGGAAGGGUUCAGCAAGCAGCAUAAAAUGCGCUGUCACAAAGCAUCUGUUUACCAAGAUGAUUCUUAAGUUGAUAGUUACUUCUGAUGGGUAGGGUACCAUGGCAGGCAGCAUGGGAGCUGAAAUAAUACAUGUCCUUAAUUUUAUGAUGUUUGGUUUCAAUCUUUGUUAUUAGAAUGUUAAGAUUUAAGAUCUUGGUAUCAUUUUAUCCUUAAGGGGCUAACACAGUUGUUGCAGCUUUGCUCGUGUUGUGAAUACCAGGAUCACCACCAGUGAACAUGUCUCUUAUAACCAGAAGUGCAAUAUUUUGAUGUAGAACCUGGUUUAAUGUUUGAUUUUAAUUCAACUCACCUUGGUCUUUUUUUUCCAUUUAAGUCAAUACUACUGCAACAAUAUACCUCUUUCUAAGCCUCACGUUUGCCAGCUGUCCACCAUAAUCAAAAGCUGUUGAGAUAUCAUAAUUGCGUACAAUAGUGAAUUUUUUUUUAUUGGGUAUAUUAUAGGUUCUUUUUGUAGCAGUGAGGGAUUGCUGCAUUUAAUGGACUAAUACCUGUAUAAAAUUCAAUUUGACAUAGAAACAAACACAAAGGCUACUUUUACCAAUGUAACUGAUUUUGGGGUGGGGGGAAGGAACAUUGACUUUUGAUACAUAAACUGGGGAAAAAAGCUGUGUAAAUCUGCUUAAAGGCCUUUCAAAAGCACUUUGGCAUUACACCUAUAGAAAGUCGGGAUCAAACAUUGUCAACAGUGCUGAAUAUGUACUUCCAAUGAAGCAAAUGCAUAAUUCCAUUGGGAUGGAGCUUUUGUGUGCGAGGACUUUGAUUUUGGAAGUAUAGGUAGCAGGAAUCCUUAACACUUAAGUCCUAUUUUUAAGAAAGUAUCUCAUUGUUUGGCUUAAUUUUCUUUGUACAGAUUAUUUUGUACCAAUGCCUACGUAAAUUUUCUGCACCAUGACUAUCAGAAAGCUGGUGUAGUAGUGGAGUGCCAAUUUCUUUUCAAGAAGAAGCCAGAUUCAUUGACAGGUUGCUUCAAGAAUGACUGCAAUGAUAUUAUUGCCUCAAUGUGCUCAGUUGCUUGUUCAGUGAUGUGUCAUAUUUAAAUAUCCUGGUGCUUUUGGAAAAAUGUGAUGUUCUGUCAAGUAUUCCACCAUGUACUUCAGAUAACACUUCAAUCUGUAGUUACAGCACCACUAUUUCCUUUGUUUUCUGCACCAGAAGGCUAUUACAUGCUUAAGCACAAUGUACACUUGGCCUGGGACAAAUUCCGAUUUCUCAGCACUGCUGGAGGUCUUUAACAAGUUCCAGAAGUACUGAUUCAGAAAAGGAGGAAGGACUUGGCCUUGAUUAGUCCUCACUUGUUUUUUUUUAAUAAAUAGCUCUGGGUAUAGAUCUUGUAUUUAAUGGCAGCACUGAUUUGAAUAGGCAGUGGGUAGGUAAGUCCUAUCUUCCAUAAAAUUUUUAAGUGGUGUAUUCUGUCAACUUUGGUGAGAGGUGGUAGACAACUUGAUUAUCUCUGUAGUUCCUUAUACUACUAUUGGACAGGUGAUCCAUGUCAAAGUCCUUAUUAUGGAAAGUUCUAAAACUUCAACUGAAAUCUGGAGGAUGAUACUAGACAAUUGUAAACCUCCCAGGCAAUACAGGCAGAUCUGAUCAAUUUUGACUGCCUUUGCCAUUUAUUGUGGGAGAGUCUGAAGAAGAAAAAGACAAGCUUUACACAUCCAUCACCUUCCAGUGACCUUAUUUGCUUCGGCUGUUGUACAAAUACAGAUUUAGACCUGGGUUUUGCAGAUGGCAAAACAUUUGCAGGCUCUCAGGAAAAAUAAAUAGCAGCUUGAAGAAUCGCAGAAAUAAUUUGCCCAAGUUGGGGAGAGAAUUGAGGAUGUAAAAGUGCUUGGAAGUAAGUCGCUAUCUUGCCUUUAAAAACCUGCAAACUUUACAAGUGCAUGCAGUUUCCUGUCUUUAAAAACUCUCUCAGGUUUGAGAGGGAAAGCUGCUAUCAAUAUUUUGUCCAGAGCAAAGUGAAGUCACUUUAAGCUCUUAACUGCAUGAAUGAAAGGAUCAAAGUUAGUGCUAACAAUACUGAAAUGUUUCUCUACGAAGUUUAACCUGGUUGCUACAGGUUAUGAAACCGUUCCUUUAGUAUUUCAGAACUAAGAUUCAGUGCUCCUUAGUUAUGUUUACAUGCAUUACAGCUAAUACACUGUACUGCCAAUAACGUAUUUCUCAAAGGAGAAUGCCCACCUCCCUUCCUUCAAUAGACAAUUGUGAACGUUUAGUGGAAGCUCCCAUCCAUGCUUCGGGAGCAUGAUUUAAAUAUUGAAUAUUUAAAUAUUAAAUACUGCAGCAAUGUUUAAAUAUUGAGCUGUGAUGUGUGUGCAUGAACUGCCAGUGCUACUUCACCCUCUCCCUCUUCUGUUUUGUAUUGCUGUUGUCAGCGGCUGUUAAAACAUCUGUUUAUUAGAAGGUAAUUAUUUAACUGAGUAUCAGCUGUCAUAUAAAGACAUUGAGUAAAAUUAGAUAAUAAGUGGAGCAGGUCACUUAUAAGUUGGAUUAAAAUGUUGAAGUUAGCUAGCUUGUUGCAUCAGGCUCCAGCACAUACUGUACCUCUCCAUCACUUCAAUUUUAAAGGCUGGGCAUUUAACUCCAGAAUCAGAACUGAUGUCAUUCUUGGGCUGUAGUAGUCUAUUGCAGUUAUAAUGAUACUACUUCAUGAGUAAUUGUGACUCAGAUGUUUUGUGGAUUUGUUGCUUUUGAUGACUAACAUUUUUAAAAAUGUGUUAAAUUGAGGAAAAAAAUGUCCAAAUAUGCUCUUGUUUUCUGGAAGAAAUGUGAUUUCUUUUUGAUGCCACCAGAGAAAGUGCUCAAUAAAACUGGGAGUUUUCCGGUGGUUGGUCUCGUAUUCCUCUUGAUGUGCUGCUUGGUGUGGUUCCUGGUGCAGUAAGAAAUAAAAGCAAGGAAGUUAGGAUGCUCGAAAUAAAAAAUGAAUAGCCACUUAAUUGGAAUGUUACAAACAAGUCCAAAGCUUACUAAAAAGCCAAUCAAUUUCUCUUAAUUAUAUUUGUCAAGGAGCUCUCCUCAUCUUCGGAGAGAAGAAAACCCUGGGUUUUCCUUUGAUUUAUGAAUGUGAUGAAACUGUAGGAACUCCCAGAGUUAACCAUUGUCCUCUUGAGUAGCUUGAUUGGAGUUUUACUGGCAAUUGAUGAUUUAGCAGUUCUUUGUUUUUUUUGGGGGGGAGGGAGGUAAACAGCUUCGGUAUUGCCUUACACUCAGUAGCCACUUUAUUAGAUACCUCCUGUACCUAAAGGGGCUACUGAGAGUGUGUUCAUGGUCUCCUGCUGUUGCCCAUCCACUUCAAGGUUCAACAUGAUGUGCAUUCAGUGAUGCUCUUCUGCACACCACUGUUGUAACGUGUUAUUUAAGUUACUCUUGCCUUCCUGUCAGCUUGAACCAGUCUGGCCAUUCUUCUCUGACCUUGCUCAUAAAUAAGACAUUUUUCCCUCAGAACACUGGAUGUUUUCUGUAAACUCUAGAGAUUGUUGUACAUGAAAAUCCCAGGAGAUCAGCAGUUUGUUAGAUACUCAGAUCACCUUGUCAGGCACCAACAAUCAUUCCAUAGUCAACAUCACUUAGAUCUCAUUUCUUCCUCAUUCUGAUAUUUGGUGUUAACAACUAAAGCUCUUGACUGCAUGCUUUUAAUGCAUUCAGUUGCUGCCACAUGAUUGGCUGAUUAGAUAUUUGCAUUAGCAACCAGGUGUACCUAAUAAAGUGGCAUCUGAGCAUAUUUCAAACAGAAUCAGGUUUAUUAUCACCGGCAUGUGUCGUGAAAUUUGUUAGCAGCAGUUCGAUGCUAUACAUAAUAUAGAAGAAGAAGAAAUAAAUAAAUUUACAGUAUACAUAUAAUGAAUAGAUUAAAAUCAUGCAAAAACAGAAAUAAUAUGUAUUUAAAAAGUGAGGUAGUGUUCACGAGCUCAGUGUCCAUUUAGGAGUCAAAUGGCAGAGAGGAAGAAGCUGUUCCUGAAUUGCUGAAUGUGUGCCUUCAGGCUUCUGUACCUCCUACUUGAUGGUAACAGUGAGAAAAAGGCAUGCCCUGGGUGCUGGGGGUUCUUAAUGAUGGAUGCUGCCUUUCUGAGACACUGCUCGUUGAAGAUGUCCUGUGUACUUUGUAAAUUAGUACCUAAGAUGGAGCCGACAAAAUUUAUGAUCCUCUGCAGCUUCUUUCACUCCUGUGCAGUAGCCCCCCAACGGACAGUGAUGCAGCCUGUCAGACUGCUCUCCACGGUACAUCUGUAAAGUUUUGAGUGUUUUUGCUUGCCAGUUCUUGAAAUACAUGGCUGAAUCUACCAAUUCAGUGGCCGUAAAAGAGUCAGACUUGCAUGAGUUGAGGGACCUGACCCAACCAAAAUUGCAGAUUUUUCUUCUCUCCAGAACAAUAAUGAUUUAAAGACAGUUAAAUCAGCCUUGAAAUGGGAUUCCAACCUUUCUCAAAUUAAUUUUACAGUUCUUUAGAUGCUAUUAAAAUAACAUAACUACUGUAUAACUAUUCCUUGCCAAUUGUUCUGCAUGCACCUCCAUCCCACGCUGAAUGACUUUAUUAGUUUAAUUCUUCCAUUUUUAUCCUGCUUCGUAUUUUUAAAAAAACUUGUAAGACAAGAAAGGGUGCAGAAAAGAUUCACAAGAAUACUACUGGGACUGGAGAACUUGAGUUAUAAGGAGAGACUGGAUAGGCCAGAACUUUUUUCCUGGAUAGUAGGAAGCUGAGGGUGACCUUACAGUGGUAUAUAAAGUCAUGAGGGGCAUAAAUAAAGGUGGAUUGUCACAGUCCUUUUCCCAGGAAAAAGGAGUCUGAAACUAGAUGGCAUGCAAUUAAGAUGAGAGGAGAAAGAUUUAAAUGGGAUCUGAGGGGUAGCUUUUACAUAUGGAGGGCAGUGGGUAUGUGGAAUGAGCUGCCAGAUGAAGUUGUAGAGUUGUGUACAAUACAAAGUUUAAAUUAUUUGCAUAGGUACAUGAAUAGGAAAGGUUUAGAGGAAAAUGGGCCCAAAGACAAGCAAAUGAGACUAGAUCAGAUAAGGCAACUUGGCUGGCAUGGAUAAGAUGUAUCAAGGGGCCUGUUUCCAUGCCGGGCACUGUGCUAAUCAAUUCAAUUGGUGCAUGUGUUAACUGAGUUCCACAUUCUCUUCGCUGUCAGGGUUUAGAAAAAAAUGCUCCCUUGUUUCUUUUGGAUUUAUUUGAGAAUAUUUUCUAAAAUUAUCUCUGCAUUGUUCUUCCUGAAGAAUGAGAAUAUUCAUGGUACACAGCCUGUAAUUCAGUAGAAAAGUAGUAAUUUGAUUUGGGUUGAGAGAACAAUAUUUAUGGCUUUCCUUGCUUGCUGUGAAUAAAUACAAUGUUGUGGUUUGAAACGAUGAUCAAAACAUCCCUUCAGGUGCCAAAAACAUUCCAAUAUUUAUGACCAGUGAAUGAAACAGACUCCAGGUAUUAAUCUAGGAAUGAUUUUUCCAGGUCAGUGUUAACUAUUGAAGUUAUAUAGUUCAGAAGCACAGGUCUGUUUGGGAAAGUGAAAAUAUUGUUAUAAAGAGGUCAUUUUUGGCUGGGAGGGGAUUGGGAAGCAGCAGAGAGUUGUACCAGGGUUGGCCAGUUUAGUUAUGAAGGGAGACUGAACUGUUUUAUUUGGAAGAUGUGCUGGGAGUGGUGAUCGUGGAAAUGAUCAUCAGAUUUAAAAGGUACUACUUGGAGGUCACAAGGUUGUUGACUGAGCAAUUAUCAGAAUCAAGUUUAAUAUCAUUUACAAAUGUUGUGAAAUUUGUUGCAGCAGCACAGUGCAAUAUAUUAAAAAUACAAUAAGAAAUAUUAAAAAUUAAAUUACAGUAAGUAGUGCAAAAAGGGAGCAAAGUCGUGAGGCAGUGUUCAUGGGUUGGUUUAUUGUUCAGAAAUCUUAUUGCAGAGAGGAAGAAGUUGUUCCUAAAAUAUUGUGUGUGUCUUCUGGACCUGCUGUCUGAUGGUUGUAAUAAAAAGAGGGCAUGUCCUUGGUGAUGAGUCUUUGAUGAUUGCCGUCUUUUUGAGGCAUCGCCUUUAGAAGGUUUCCUCGAUGCUGGGGAGGUUAGUGCCCAGGAUAGAGCUGGAUGACUAUACAACCCUCUGCAACAUUUUGUGAUCCUGUGCAGUGGCUCCUCCAUACCAGGUGCUGAUGCAACCAGUCAGAAUGCUGUCCAUGGUAUGCCAGCUGGCAUGCACCCAGAGGUUUCUUUGGUGCUCCUUUCUUAAUCCAUAUUCAGCUAAAUUACUUGAAUAUUCACUGUUCAACCAGCAGAUGGCAGUAGCUUCUUUAUAAUACGAAGCUCAUCGGACAAAUCUGGCUGUAAUGAUAGUGUAGCCACAAGACUGCAGAUGCUGGAAAUUUGGAGCAACGCACUAAGGUGCUGGAGGAAUUCAGAGGCUGGGCAGCAUCUAUGAAGAUAGAUGGACAAAUCCUUUCUUUUUAAAUCUUUUUAUUAAUUUUUCAAAAUUACAAACUCAAUAACAAAGUUGGUACACAGAGAUUGCAAAAAUGUUCAUCAACAUAGAUAAAAUGAAUUUUAAGUAACACAGAUAUAAAAGACUUCCAAACUCAUAAUGAGUUUAAACAUUAAAAAAGAAAUAAAAAGAAAAAAUAUAUAUAAACAAAAAAAAACCCCAAAAGAAAAAAAAAACCCAAGAAAAAAAAACAAAACAGGGCUAGACCAGCAGCUUAUAUCGAACAUGUUCAACAAUGUCAUUAACUCUGCUCCUCUCCUCAUAUAAUUUAAGUUUAGAAAAAAGCUUCGGAAAAGUCAGAUUACAUCAUAUGAAAAUGUUGCAUAAAAGGUUUCCAAGUUGCUUCAAAUUUAACCAACAAAUCCUAUAGUUGUGUAGGAGGGGAGGGUUAGAUUGAUCGUGGAAUAGGUGGGCACAUUAUUGGUUAAAAGACCUGUACUGUACUGUUCUAUGUUCUAACUUUCCAGAUGGAAGGUCAGUACCUGAAAUAUUGAUUGACUAUUUCCCUCCAUAGAUGCUGCCUGACCAAACUUCCUGCACCACCUUUAUUUGUUGCUGUAAAUGUUAGUGUGUCCAAGUAACCAGUUCUUCUAUCCAUCUGAAGAAGAAUGACAAGAUUUGAUAUGACUGCAUCUCUACUUUAGUUCCAUGCCUUUUACCUCUAGACUUGGCUACCCUGCCUCAGUCCUCUCAAAAUUUGAUUUCAUCCAAAAUUCUACUGGCUGUGACCAAAAGCACAUCAAGUCCUUCUCAUCCAUCACACAAGCUUUGUGAAUUUCAAGUUUCUACUAUCUGUGGUGGUCUUUUCUUUCCUCUGACCUGCAUUCUGUCUUAUAAUUGUCCAUGUUUCUGAUAUCUUCAUGUACACUUAAUGGCUACUUCAGAAGAUACACCUGUGCACCUUGUUUAUGCAAAUAUUUAAUUAGUCAAUCUUGUUGCAGUAACUAAAUGUAUAAAAUCAUGCAGACAUGGUCAAGAGGUUCAUUUGUUUUUCGGACCAAACAUUAGCAAUGUGAUCGAAGUGAGUUUGACAGUGGAAUAGUUGUUGGUGCCAAACAGAGUGGUUUGAGCAUCUCAGAAACUACUGAACCCCUGGGAAUUUCAUGCACAACAGUCUCUAGAGUGUACAGAGAACUGUGCAAUAAACGAAAAGCAUCCAGUGAGCAGCAGUUCUGUGUGCAAAAAUGCCUUGUUAAUGAGAGAGGUCAGAGGAGAAUGGCCAGACUGGUUCAAGCUGACAGGAAGGCGACAGUAACUCAAAAAACCUUGCGUUACAGCAGUGGUGUGCAAAAGAGCAUCACUGAACAAACAACACCUCCAACCUUGAAGUGGAUGGCCUAAAGCAACAGAAGAUCACAAACAUAGGCUGAGUGGCCACUACAUUAGGUACAGGAGGAAUCUGAUAAAAUGGCGACCACCGAGUGUAUAAUUGCUGCCAUAACAUAUCUUUAAAAAUCUCCAUCCGAAUCUUCAUUUUAAAAUGAUUCAUAAAAUGUAAUACUUUGAGCAACACACAUAAAAGUUGCUGGUGAACACAGCAGGCCAGGCAGC